GCGCGGCGACGUUCAGUCUCGCCGGUUGCAAUCCAGAGUAGAUAUACGUGCAAUUACUCUGUCAACAGUGGCUUAAAAUUUCCUACCAUUCUCCAUACGAUUUAAAUUCUUUAAACUAAUUUUUUUUUAAACGUUGUUAUUUAAAAAAAUUUUCAAUUAAAAAUUUCUAAUAAUUAUUACCAGACAUUUUUAUUUUUAAAAAUUCAAAAUUUUUAAAUAAUUUACCCGCCAAAAAAAGAAAUUUGUGUUUGUGAACGUUGUAAAAAUUUGUGACAACUCAUUUUUUUUGUAGUAAUAAAUAUUCCAUUAAAUGGAAUGGAGUUUAUUUAGUGUUACUUGAUAUGGUUAUUGCAUAAUUAUGUGGAUAAAUUCACAUGAUUAAUGCGACGAUUUCAAUGAUUGUUAACAUUGAUGAUGUUUUGCAUUUUGUGCACAAGGAGAAGUAUAGUGGAUUUUUCGUGAAGUGAACAAAGUAAAAACCAUUUGUGAAAACUUGAGUAGAGAAAAAGUUUUAAAAAGUUGAAAAUGACGCACCACCUGUGGCUAAAUCUUGUCUUUGUUUUCGGAGCAAUAAUAGGUGUAAGAUGCCUGAAGAACGUCACCUUGGAAGUGAUUCCUGAGAUAAUUGAAAAUGGUCACGAGGCAAUUUUACGCUGUCAUUAUGAACCAGAAAAUACACCACUUUUCACACUGAAAUGGUAUCGAGGGAAUUACGAAUUCUACAGAUAUCAACCAAAUGAAAAUCAAAAAAUGAUUGCAUUCGAACAUCCACAUAUUCAAAUUGAUCAGGAAAAGUCGAAUGAGAGACAGGUGGUAAUUCGUAACGUCACCCAUGCCCUCACUGUGAACUUUAGCUGCGAGGUCACCGCAGAUACAACAUUCACAACUGUAAAGGCAUCCAAAAAACUUCUUGUUGUCACUCUACCUAAGGGUAAGCCCGUUAUCGUAUCGGAACGCGAUCGUUACGACCCUGGGGAUAUCCUGAAAGCAAAUUGCAGUUCACCACCCUCCAAGCCGCCAUCACGUCUCUUUUUCACGAUUAACAAUAAACCGAUAACAACAAAUAAAUAUGAUUCACAAGGAGUGUACAAUAGAGACACGACUCGACAAUGGAUCGAAAUUAGCUUGCUUCUUCAUUCAUCUCAUUACCACAACGGUCAGUUGAGUCUACGAUGUAUAGCGGAAAUUGCUGGCGUAUAUUCACAAACCAGCGAAGUCCAAUUGGGAGCUGGUCUGCGUGAGCCCGUUCCUGAAAGAGUGACAUCGGAAAACAGUCGUGCCUGCUGUCCCAUUGUUGCAGUGCUACUCGGUAGCCUGGUUUCAAUUCAUCUAUUGCUGAGAUAGUUGGGACGUGUCUAAUUACAACUUCAACUCACGUCUGGUAGGGACGCUAGUCAAGAAAACUUAACAAAAAAAAAAAAGAAGAAGAAGAAUAAAAUUGUGUGAAGAAGAUAUAAAAAAAAAAUCUAAAGAACUAAAAUUGACAGAGAGUCUAUGUGAUGAUUGUUGAUCGACGUGGUUUUUAUAAAUAAAAAAAAAAUAUAUAUAUAUAUAUUGAUUUAUAUUUAAAUGAAAUGCAGUGAAGAGAUAUAGAGGACGUACUAUGUGCUUAAAAAUUAUAUAUGUUCUUCAUUGUUAUGGUUAUAUAUAAAAAAAAAAGACACAGUGCAUUGCGUGUAUGAUUGAACUGCGCGAGAAAAAUUAUUAAAGUUCUCAAGUGUAUAUGAGAGUGUUGUGAUUUAAUUAAAAAAAAAAAUCGUUAUAGCGUCGUCAUUUGGUGCGUUUACAAAGACGACUCUGAAAGGAGAAAAAAAAACUUCAUAACUAGAUCGUGGUUAAUUUUAAGGGAGAAAAAAAAAUAUAUAUAUAUAUAUAUAAUGGAGGUAAAUUUAUACCGCACCGAAGAUCGUAAAGAAGAUAAAAAGAAGAUUCGAGCGAGACUCAAUCAAACGCGUUACAACCUCAGGCGAUUUUAUGUCUCUAGCGUGAAAGAGGACAAAAGAAUGACUGGGAAUCGCUUCAAAAAUGAAAUGCCAAAAACUUUUGAAAAAGACAUGAUUUUCGGAAUGCGCAUGAGAAAAUAAAAAUGGAAAAGAAAGAAAAAGAGAAAAUUAUUUUCUCUUUUCUAAAUUUAUAUCACCGCGCGCGCUCUUUGCUCGAAUGAAGAUACUUAUAUGGAUAUGUGAAUUUUCCGCCGUUAUUCUUGCUAAAAACAUACCUAUAUGUAUAAUUCACAGUGGGUAUGUGCUUCGUCCAUUGUCCGAGCAAAAAUGAUGAUUCUACCGAGUUAUGUAUGCAACGAAAUCAAAUGUGAGGCACUCCCGGUAAAACCGCCAAAGAAAAAAAAAAUAAAAAAAACUACCUUUAGAAUAUAUAAAUUUAUAUAUAUUAUAUAUCUAAGUUGAUUCAUCGUUUUUUCAGUCUUGCAUCUAAUGCAUUUUUAAUGUUUACAUCGAUUUUUUUAUAAUGGCCUAAGUUACAAAAAUAAUGACACAAAAAGACGAUGAAAUUUUUUUUUUUUAUACAAGACGCUUUAAAACUUGUACAUUUGGUCAAGUCUUUGUUUAAGGAAGAUUAUCGUAAUCAAAUUAUCAUUAAAAAAAAAUUCGUUUUUGUAAAAUCUGUUCUUUUUUUUUUUGUUUGUUCUUUUUUUCGUUACAAAAGUAAUUUCAAUGAAUAAUUGCGACAAAUUUUUUUGUUUGCUUUUUAAAGCAAUUUUUAUUAUUUUAAAAAAAUCUUUUCAUUUUUUUCUAGGGAAAAACAAAUUUUCCUCUCAUUUAUUUAGAAAAUUAAAUGAUUUUGAACGAUAAUCUGACCUUAAUGGAAAAUUGUCAAUUCCACACAAAACAAAAGAGAAAUAUAGUUAGUUUUCAGAAUUAUAAAACUUGAGAAUUAUUUUUUCAAUUUAUUCUUUACAAAAUUGAAAAAUGCAUUAGGUUCACUGUGAAAAGAAACACUUGAAAUUGUUGCACCUGAAAAUGUAACAUAAAAGUCAAUUCAAAAUUUCUCCAAAAAAAAAAAAUCGAAGUUGGUCUUUCAAUUUUUCAAACAAUUUAUUUAAUAAAAAUAAUAAUAUUAAAAACACUACUACUACUACUACUACUAGUAAUAAUAAUAAUAAUAAUAAUAAUAAUACUUUACAAGAAGGAAGUUUCAAAGAAAAGAUUUAUCAAAGUUUAAAGUAAAUCUACUUUAAACUUUUAUACCCGAUAAAACCCACAAUUUUUUUUUUACCAAAAUCAAAUGAAUAAAAAAUAUUCAAUUUCAAAAAAAAAAAAUCUACCUCAAAUUUUGAUGCCUGGUAAAUUUAACGAUUUUAAAAAUUUUAAAAGAAUUUUUUCCUCAGAGAUUUCUCUCUUGUAAUUGUUUAUUCAAUAACUUCCAUUGUUUAUUCAAUGACUUCUCGCAGUCCUAUAUGGAUCGCAUAUAUGUACUAAUGCAUUUUUAUCAAGUUUCAUAUAAAAUAAAAAAAAAAACUCUCAAACCAACUUUGAUUUUUUUUUUUUUUGGGGAAAAUUUUGACCUAGUUAAAACUCGGUAAAUUUUACUGAAUUCCCAAAAACAAAAAUUUUCUGUUUAAAAAAAUAUUUAAGGUUAUAAAGUUUUUUUAAAAUUUAAACUAAAAAUUGAUACAAUUUUGAAAAAUAUAAUUUUUAUUUCGAAAAAAAAUGUAAAUAAAAAGAAAAAUAAAUACAUUAUAAAUUUA